UGGUAUAAAAUAUUGGUUUUGGAUGUUGAUUUGUUUUAUUUGCUUCAGUUCAUCUUUUUUUUUUUUUUCAUCCAUUUAACUGAACUAUAAUCAAUAUUUGCUCUACUCCAAACCUAACCCUCAACUGGGGCUCCGUUCGAAAAUGCAAUCAUUUACUUUGUGUGGAUUUUUUAUUUUUUGUAGACACUCAGCAGUGCCAAGGGUGCCACACUCCAAAGCAUAUGGUCCUGGGCAGCUCCAAAAUGUGUUAAUGUUGAUUGAAUAUGCCGCUCCACUACACUAAUGCUAGCGGGAUGUAUAGGUCCUAAUGCUAAUCCAAGGUAACAGAAUGGAGAUGAAGCGCAGAUUAUCUCUGAACUUAUGGAUAUUAGAAAAAAAAAAAAAAAAAAGGGAAAGUGAUUAGAGUGGCGGGAGACCACUUAGAGAAACAUACGCUUUCAGCUCUCGAUGAGAUUUCCACUCACACCAGUACGGUGAGCAUUACUGCAAGUAGCUUACUGGUACGACUGGGUUUAGUUUAGUUAAAAGUUUGCUAUGUUUUAUUCUUGUCCCUCUUACAUCUUGUGUGUGUCUGGCAUAGAGUCAUUUUUUUAUUUUAUAAUUCAUCUUUUGUCUGUUAUGGUCCUUAUCCUCAUUAGAAUAAACUUGAGAUGACAGCAGUGUAGGUUUAUUUGACCAGGAGGUGUGAAACUGUCUCAGUGUUGAAUCAAAAACAUACCAACAGUGUUAUAGAAAGACAUGUUCCUUCACAGUGUCUGUCUGGAUACCACAAAGCCAUUCCAAACGAGGAAGAACUGUUGUGUUAAAACCCCUUGUGUGUGUCAUUUUGCACUGAUUUUAUUGCCGGAUAUGUCUUUGUCAGUUUCAUUGUAAUGUUGCCUAUAGGCUGCGGGGACAAAACUGUUGACAUUAGAAAGGCAGUUCAGAAAAGACUUCAUGUGUCCAGCUUGUGCACAAAAGGGGAUGAGGGGAGGGGAUAAAUCCUCUUCUGAUUGACAGUGCUGCCAUGACAACCGCGCAUCAGUAGGGUGUCCAAUGAGGAGUCAGAUUCAGGGGCCCUCCCUGACUCCCAGGUCGCCGCUCGACUUCUUUUCCGCCUCGCGUCUCAUCUUGCCUCACUUUACGGAUGGGACCCCUGCCCUGCCUCGCUCUCGGUCCCCGGAGGAUCCUCCCGCCGCUUGCCCUCCCCUCGCCCUCCCGGGACUGUGUUUCUCCGCGGCGCAGAUCGCCAGUGUCUGCGAGACCCUGGAGGAGACCGGAGACAUCGAGCGGCUGGCCCGCUUUCUCUGGUCGCUCCCGGUGACCACCGACGGUCGCGACUCCAUCUCCGAGCACGAGUCCGUGCAGAGGGCACGCGCCGUGGUGGCCUACCACACGGGAAGUUUCCGCGAGCUUUACCGCAUCCUGGAGACGCAUCGCUUUACGCGCGCCUCGCACGGCAAACUGCAGGCGAUGUGGCUCGAAGCUCACUACCGGGAGGCGGAGAAGCUGCGAGGACGGCCGCUCGGACCCGUGGACAAGUACCGCGUCAGGAAGAAGUUCCCGUUGCCGAGGACCAUCUGGGACGGAGAGCAGAAGACGCACUGCUUCAAGGAGCGCACUCGGGGGCUGCUGAGAGAGUGGUACCUGCAGGACCCGUACCCCAACCCGGGGAAGAAGCGAGAGCUGGCGCACGCCACCGGACUGACGCCGACUCAGGUCGGGAACUGGUUCAAAAACCGGAGACAGAGGGACAGGGCGGCAGCGGCAAAAAACAGGUUGCAGCACCACCGGAUGUGUCCAGACGCUGUGCGGUCACUAAGCGGAGGAGACUGCAGUCCAGACGGGAGCGCAGAGCGCGCCGAUGGAGAGACGCUCCUCUCAGUUACGGACAGUGACUCUGACUUGGAUGUUUGAGACUUUUAACAUAUGAAAUGGACCUUUAGGGGCCUGCGAUGGUCGUCGUGGGUUGACAGAGUAAGAAUGAGGAAAUGCGUGGACAAAAGCUGGUUAAAUUUCGUGUUCGGGCAAUGAAACGGAUUCGUCUUAAAAAUUUACUCCAGCUCGUCAGAGCGAUUUAUGUUUUUGUUUGUUUGUUUGUUUGUUUGUUUGUUAUCUGAAAAAAAACAUAUAUACCUGACAUUUUGUGCGCGUUUUCGACUUUCUGGUCGUCUCCAUGUGCACAUCACACAUUUGAACCACCUUUUUUGAUUUUUAAGCGGAUGGCAACACGCACAUCUGUUGACCCAGCUUACACCAUCCAACGCAAUUAAAUAGACCUCAAGCCGUGGACCCCUGUUGGACUUUAAUGCGGGGACCCCCACGGAGGAGGACCUUUACAGACUGAAACCUACCAGUGAGCAAAUCCCUCCUAUUUUCUCUCAUUAUGUUUCUUUAUUAUUAUUAUUAUUAUUAUUUUAAUAGUUUUUCCUUUAGAGGCCCCUGGAGGACCCCGGGAUAUCCACUGCUGUAGACAAUCGAUCAGUACCACUACCUCUCCGUCUAUCUGUCUGCUUUUUUUUCCCUCCUCUACCUUCUUCAUCUACUUUAUUUUAAGUUGUUAGUGUUCAGCCUGUGUCAUUCUACAUCCUACUUAAUGUUCAACUUGAUGCUGAAUAAAGGUUUUGGUAUUUUAUAUAAAUAAAAGUAUUUAAUAUAUGGGCUGUUUAACAA